AUGCGUGUGGAUGUCGGUCCGCUCAGAGGAAAUCUUCUGGAAGUUGCUGUUGUCUUAAACAACUCUGCCAUUCUCCUCACGCCGAGUUUAGCAUCUCAGUGUGGCUUCAGCAUGAAGAUAGACCAUCUGGGGAACGCCAUGAUCUACGCCUCCCUUCAAAACUGUUUUGCUCAAAAUGUGAACGAUGAAGCGUUCACAACAGCGUUCCAGCUUCGGCUGCACGGGAGCCAGUUGGCUGAAGAUGAAAUCUACCCGGUGGCUGAAACCUGCCACUACCCUACCUGGGCCUGCAGGGAAAUCCUCUGCGAUCACAACUAUAUGGAGAAGCAGCCAGUCAAUACAGGAAAUACAGGAUUCAGAACGACAACCAUCACGUUCUUCACGCCUGAGGAGAAGGUUAUGAAGGUGACCGACGCCCAGAGGAGUGGACACGGGAUUGCGAACACUCCUAAAAGGCUGGUUGUCAGAAGUCCACAGGCUUCACCAGAAACCUACACCCAGAAUGUAGCCGGGGUGCUCAUGAGGGUGGUAAAGACCUCGACUGUUUUUGAGAAGAAGUGGCUGGUGACACGGAUUGAUGCAGCAGCUGCUUGCCCACUACUGGACGGUAGUGUUUACUUCACUGCUGACACAAUCACCUGCUACCUGCCCCGACACAUCGACCCGCUGAUUUCUUCCGGCCAGUCCAAACUGUUGGAGGUGCACAUGGGCAUCGAGGGUCAGAGGCUGGAGGCUGCUGAGAUCGAGGCCAGACACUACUCCUUGUCCGUCACGGACACGUACAUCGUGAUUGUAAUUCCUAUUGGAGCCGUUGGUGGCCACUUUAAGAGCCAAGUUCAGAACGGUCAGUACCACGUGUCUUACACGAUCGACCUGAUGAUCGAGGUGCUCUGGACUGAAGACGCCACUCAUGAGAACACCAGAUACAAAGUCUUGUUCCCCAUCACAACACCACUACUGCCACGACCACCUCAAGUUACUGACCGCACCGUUGCAGCGGAGCGGGUGUUCAAGCUGGAGUUCGGGUACUUUCUCCCCGAUGUGGCGCUAGUGAACAUUACCUUCCCCUCUGAGGUUUUGUCUGUGACGGAGUGCCAAGCCAGAGGCAUUAACGUCCUGGAGCACAUGUCCCCAAACAGCAGCCACAAGGCCUUCACACUGGAAGUGCCCUUUAAAGACCCUGUUGUUUCACAAACGAGCCAAGCAGGGUUUACAGUCUACGCUCUCCACCUGAGCUUCGGCUUGGUUGUGCUGGAUGAUUAUACUCCAUUUUCUCACGCUGCUUAUGCAGAAGCUGUUUUAGAAGACGUUGUUCCCCCCUCCGUCUCUGGUGGCUGCGAUCAUCAGAACUUUUACAUCCUUGUGAAAUAUGGAAGCCAAGGCUUUAAUUUCCAGACCUCAGUGGGAAACCUCAUGCUGACUGAAAACAUGGCUCAGCAGUACGGCUUCACCGAGAACGGAACACACUUCAGCUUUGCGGUGCCGUUCUUUGCGCCUCCUGUUGUGUUCGAGGCUAUUGAAUCGUCUUCUAUUAGGAGCAGACUUGAUGUUACUCUGAGGAACCUGGAAACAAACACGAUUAUCAAAGAAUUCUCUGUGGCUUGCAAUUUCAUCUCAUCACUGACUGAGUGUUUCCCCAACGGAACCAUGACCGCUCUAGCUGUGAAACUGGAGUCGGUUCCCGGUCUGAACCCCAGUCAGCUCACACUCAGAGACCCCACCUGUGGUCCCGCCUACAGCGACGAGCGCUACGCUUACUUCGUCUUUACUGGGAACUCUUGUGGAACCACUAGAAAGUUUUUGCCCCAUGUGAUGCUGUAUGAAAACGAAAUCUCUCUGCCAGAUGAGCUUGAAGCGAAAAGGGCGUCUAACUCGGAGGAACCGGAGUAUGAGUUAAAAGUUUCAUGCUACUAUGACAUCAACACGACCCACGCUGUGGCCUUUCAACCGAGACAACGCAGGAACGAACCGUACGCUGAAAACGCAAAAGGCCUGCUGCAAGUCGAAAUGAGACUCGCUUUGGACGACUCCUACAGCGUGUUCCACAGGGUCGAGGACUAUCCCAUAACCAAAUAUCUGCAGCAGCCUCUGUAUUUUGAAGUGGAGCUGGUGAAGCCUGGAAGCCCCCAAGUAUCGUUGCAGCUGGAGACCUGCUGGGCGACGCUGAAGGAGGACAGGAUGUCUCAGCCCAGAUGGAAUCUCAUCAUUAACGGCUGUGCAAACCCAGUCGACCAAUACCAGGUGAUCUUCCAUCCAGUCUGGACUGACGCCAGAGUCCAGAAUCCUUCUCACUUCAAGCGCUUUGAGGUCAAGAUGUUUGCUUUUGCUCAAGACCAAGAGGACUUGAGUCGCCAGCUCUUCGUCCACUGUGACGUCGUAGUCUGCGAUGCCAGAAAUCCACUCGGUGGAGUUUGCAGUGGGCAAUGUUCAAACCCAGAAAAUGGAAAUAAAGGUCAAAGACGAGCUGUUUCAGAUGAGGACAAGUCCAAUUAUGUGUCACUGGGCCCAAUAACUAUGAGCUGAUAAAAAUAAAACUUU